AAAUUAUCAUUUCUUCUUAAAAUCAUAUGCCAUUAGCCACUCCACUUUUGAAAGCUGAUUUGGUGAGCAACAACUCCAAUUGAAAAUAUAGUCCAACCUCAAUGCAAAAUAACCUGCCCCAUUCCAACUCCUUUACAAUCUCAAAAUCUCUCCUAUAAACUAUAUAUACAAAUGUUGCUAGUACAUCCUUACAAAUAUCACACCAAUAAUGAAUCCCAUCUAAUCAAGACUAAAAAUCAAAUGGCCAUAAAGUUCUCAUUCACUUCUUUUUCCUUUAAAAUCAUUGUAAUCCACCUUUCCCUCUUUAGCAUCACCCUAAAGUAUGCCAAAACAGAAGAGUAUCCUCCACCACUCACUUUCUACAUGCAUGACAUUCUAGGUGGAUCAAACCCAUCAGAAAGAAUUAUGAAUGGCAUAAUUGUCAACACACAACAAACCACUAACAUUCCUUUCUCAAAACCAAAUAACAAAAUACUCCCUAAUAAAGGUAGCAUACCAAUUUUUGACACUAGUAUUAGUACAAAUGGUUCUCCCUCAACCAAAACAAUUAUAAAAAACAUUGACAAAAACAAGGUGGUUAUAGAUACUAACUCUAACUCACUUCCUUACGUUACGUCGAAUCAACUUCCACUAGGAGUAACAAUACAGAAGCUUUUAUUUGGAAGAAUUACAGUGAUUGAUGAUGAAAUUACAAAAGGUUAUGAGUUGAAUUCAGAUGUUAUUGGUAAAGUACAAGGAUUUCAUUUGGUUAGUUCAUUGGAUGGAAGCAGUCAAACCAUGGCAUUUACUGCUUUGUUUGGUGAUGAAAGUCAUGAUGAUGAUGAUGAUGCUAUUAAUUUCUUUGGUGUGCAUAGAAUGGCUACACAUGAGUCCUAUAUUGCCGUUGUUGGAGGUACCGGAAAAUAUGAAAAUGCAAGAGGGUAUGCCAAAAUUGAGACGUUACAGUUGCCUUAUCAGCACAGAAGUACUAAUAAUGGAAUGGAAACACUUUUUCAGAUUACUGUUUAUUUAUGAUUAUGAUAGAUAGUUCUUUUUACUCUUCUUUUUAUAGAAGAGAAGAUCUCAGCUAUUCUUAAUAUGAAAAAGAUGUAAUACUACUAUGUAUCUGGAUGGAUGAAUGUGUAAAUAAAUAUAUACCUUUAGGUGCUUAUCGUUA